GGUCUCCCUUUAACAAGGCCAGUUUGUUCCCCCAUCAGGCCAUCAUACAAGGCAAGCACCUGCCCAUAAUAGCAUAAACUCCAAUAUCAAAGUUUGUGCCUGAAAAGGACCAUCCGACUAUAUAUAAUCCACCUUUUAACAAUUUUGGUUUUGGGUAGGCACCGCAAGGAUGUUCAAGAAAUCCAAAAAUUUCAAUAGUGGAUAUAGAUAAUGUAUGCACUAAAUCACCACUGUAUUUUCAACCACUUUACAUGUAGUAUACCUGCCAUUCUUUACUUCAAGAUUCCUCGUAAAAAAUAAAAAUAAAAACAGCCCAUCCUUGAUCCUUCCAUUUAUAGCACCACCAGUAGAAAAUCUUUUAUACCCAUCUAUCGCAAUAAAGGCUUUCUAGUUCUGAAAGUUGUUUGCUUCCAAUGGAAUCCCCAGAUAAAAAGUCAAGCUCUUCAGAGGCUGCAAUCAUCGUAUCUACAUCAAAGGAAGCUCUUCAAUGUCAAGAUUAUUCAUUGCAGAACUCAAAGGAGAAUGAAACUUAUCAUGGGUUCCAUCAAGAGCUCAACCUUAUUGACUGCUUGAAGACUGAUUCAUCUCAAACUCCAUCAGUGACUCCUCAAGCCAUUGGUGUGGAGCCACGGGUUUUCUCCUGCAACUACUGUCAAAGAAAAUUCUAUAGCUCACAAGCACUAGGAGGACAUCAAAAUGCUCACAAGAGAGAGAGGAACCUAGCAAAAAGACCAAGAAUAGCAGCCUCAGCCUUGGUUUCUGGGCAUCCUUACCUACACAACAAUCAUCUCUUUUCUUGCAUGGUUUCUCUUCCUCUCCUCGGAAGAAAUCUUGGAAUUCAAGCGCACUCAGUGAUUCACAAAUCUUCACACAUACCAUCUACCAUAAAAAAGGGACAUCAAAACUGGUCUAGACCACCAAUUGAGCAGCAACCAGGAAUAGGGAAGCUGUCCAUGGAGACAUCACUGCAUUCCAAUGUUGGCAGCUUCAACAUAGAGAGGACUACAAUAAAUUCUCCAGUCGACAAGAUGAUCAAAGGUAAUAUACAUAGGUGCACAUACAGGAAUAAACAAGAUGAAAUGCAGAAGCUUGAUUUGUCUCUCAAGCUCUGACUUCCUAUUUUCACUUUUAGAUUUUGUUCAAUCUCACGUUGAUCAAUGUUGAGAUUCAUGUAUCUUCAGACUAUACAGUUUGGGAUUCUACUUCUCUUAACAAUCCAAUUAUUAUUCUUCA